GCUGCGAGCUGGGCGGUGCAGUGCCACGCUCACAGCCAGCCGGACCCCCGGGACCCCCAUACACGCGUGUGGCUCUGUGUGUGUGUCCCCCUCCCCUGCACCCCCUCGCCAUGGUUGACGCCUUCCUGGGCACCUGGAAGCUGGUGGAUACGGCCAAUUUCGAUGAGUACAUGAAGGCGUUGGGGGUGGGCUUCGCCACCCGGCAGGUGGCCAGCCUCACCAAACCCACCACCAUCAUCGAGGUGGCGGGCGACAAGAUCACAGUGAAGACCCAAAGCACCUUCAAGAACACAGAGAUCAGCUUCAAGCUGGGCGAGGAGUUUGACGAGACCACGGCGGACGACAGACACGUCAAGUCCAAGGUCACGCUGGAUGGAGGCAAACUCGUCCACGUGCAGAAGUGGGAUGGGAAGGAGACAUCGCUGGUCCGGGAGCUGAAGGAUGGGAAAUUAAUUCUGACUCUCACCAUGGGCAACGUCGUCUCCACCCGCACCUACGAGAAGGCGACAUAGACACCCUCCCCACCUCUCUCACCUGUCACCCGGUCCUGCAUUCGCCCCCGUCCUUGCCCCGUGCCAGGCACGGUUUGCCAUAGUCUUGGAGCCCACU